AAAAUUUUCAAACGAAAUUUUUUCAGUGAAAAUUUCCUAUUCCUCCUGCAUGUACGCAUUGUGUGCCUGCAUUUCGAAAUAUUUCAUAACAAGAAGAACCUCAAGGAAACCUUUUGAAAACACCAACAAUAGUAGAAAAAAGACGUAGAAUAGUUUGUAGUCCAACAACGAAGAACUACAACCAAAAUUAUAUUCAAGUGUAAGAAGAAACAAUAUUUUGCAUACCAUAAUGUUCAGUAUGUAUCUAAGAUUAAGUCCUUCCGACAGAGCAAUAGCUCUUGGGACUAUAGGGAUCCUGUUAAUGUUUUUACUGGCCUGUAAAUCCACCGACAACAACUUCUGGAAAUCAACGUUAUCAUCAAACAACACCAAUGCAUUCGGAGAUGAACUAAGUUACACUUUGAUAUUUGUUACCCUAGGCAUCAUUGAUGUUUGGGUAGGGGAGAUAAUCAAGAGAGUGUUCGUCUUUUGCGGAGAAUUACGCUUUAUUAACAGUCGUUACGGCGGUAGAAUAUCAUUCGUAGUUCAGCAAAGUUUCUGCACAAAAUCUAAUAUUCCUUUUUUGACCCUGCCAAUUCUGGUAGCCAUGUUAACUUAUAUGAAUCUCCAUGGAGACGGGAUGUUAUUAGUAUGGAGGAUUUUACAAACCAAGUGGAAUUGUAUUAUAAUCGUCACUAUUUCCAUGAUAGCACAUCUACUUCGUUUAACUGAUCCCACAAGAUCAGAAAUGAGUAGGGUUAUGGAGGAGCAAAAACUCAACGUGGGCCAUGGAUUUGCCUGGUCCUUCUAUUUUGGAUAUCUAAGACUAAUAAUUCCAGGUUUGCAAUCACGAAUGGAGUCCUGGAAAAAGGACAUAGAUACCACAAGAAAAUCCGUUGUAGUUCCAAAACUGUAUAUCCUGGUUCCUAAAUCUUGCUAUUGUCCACCAUCAAUAACAGCAGCCGACCCUCGGCUAAAAGUGGCGGGAGUGACGCCAUCUUUUGUUGCGAACAGAGCGGGAAAUCAGCGCAGGGAGUACAAAAACACCGUGUACUGUUUUGAAGUGGACAAGACGGACUACUAUUGUUUGUUGGAGUAUGCCACGCCCAUUCUGUCCCUGUAUGAGAUGAGUAACAGCGAGGAGGCGGGGCUGUCGUCGUUUGACAGACUGCAGCAGAUGAGGACGUUCGUCGACACCCUGCAGGAGAUCAUCAACUCUAACCCCGAAACCAAGGACAACUGCAGCCUCCUCGUCUAUGACGAUAAAAAGUUUGGCGAUGGUGAACAGUCCAUUUCGACGUUAAUCAAAGACAGAAUAGAAAAAGAUCUGAGUGAAAAAGCGGUGACCAAAACCUUCUGAGACUCAGUGUGUUCUUUUUUCAUAUUUGUUGCAUUAAAACGCUGAGAAUAUACUAACAAAAUU